CUCGUCCUUGUUAGCUUUUUCUUCCCUCCAUAAAUACCCACCUAUAUAGACAAAUUCACUCUGUUAUCAUCGAAAAUCUUCUAUUUAUUUUUUCGUUUUAUUCCUUUACAAUAAUCUUGUCCCCGUUGUUAUCAAGAAAAGAAGGGGUGGAACAAAACCAAAUGGCUAUGGCUAUGAAUCGGAUCGCUUUUAUCUCUUCCCCAUCCGUUUAUCCACGUUCUUCUCAUCAUCAUGGCUACAGAUCUUCCAGAGUUUUCAUGUCUUCUACCAUCCGUCCCGCCUCUGCAGAGGUCACCAAUGGAAGGAAACCCUAUCUCCCUCCUCGAGAGGUGCAACUUCAAGUGAAAUACUCAAUGCCACCACAAAAGCUGGAGAUCUUCAAGUCCUUAGAAGGAUGGGCUAACGACAACUUGUUGCCAUACCUAAAACCUGUUGAGAAAUCAUGGCAACCAACAGAUUUCCUCCCUGAACCUGAGUCAGAAGGUUUCUAUGACCAAGUGAAGGAGUUAAGAGAAAGGUGUAAAGAGCUUUCUGACUACUACUUUGUAGUCCUUAUUGGUGAUAUGAUCACAGAGGAAGCACUUCCGACUUAUCAAACCAUGAUUAAUACAUUGGAUGGGGUUAGAGAUGAGACUGGAGCAAGUCCUACUCCUUGGGCUGUGUGGACGAGGGCUUGGACUGCUGAAGAGAAUAGGCAUGGUGAUCUUCUCAACAAGUAUCUUUACCUCUCUGGAAGAGUAGACAUGAGGCAGAUUGAAAAGACCAUUCAAUAUCUGAUUGGUUCUGGAAUGGAUCCAAAGACUGAAAAUAACCCUUACUUGGGUUUCAUCUACACUUCUUUUCAAGAAAGAGCUACUUUCAUCUCCCACGGAAACACUGCUGGACUGGCAAAGAAGCUUGGGGACUCGAAACUAGCGCAGAUUUGCGGUACCAUAGCUGCUGAUGAGAAGCGUCAUGAAACCGCUUACACCAAGAUUGUAGAAAAGCUUUUUGAGAUUGAUCCUGACACCACUGUUGUAGGCUUUGCUGACAUGAUGAAGAAAAAGAUAGCCAUGCCUGCUCAUUUGAUGUAUGAUGGCCGAGAUGACAAUCUGUUUGAGCACUUCUCCUCCGUGGCUCAGAGGCUUGGUGUCUACACUGCUAGGGACUAUGCUGAUAUACUGGAGUUUCUUGUGAGGCGGUGGAACGUUGAGAACUUGGUAGGCCUUUCUGGUGAUGGACACAAGGCCCAGGACUACCUCUGUAAAUUGCCUGCUAGGAUCCGCAAACUCGAAGAGAGGGCUCAAGGGAGAAACAAAGAAGCUGCAAGAAACAUACCCUUCAGCUGGAUAUUCGGUCGAGAGAUCAGGGCUUAAAAGAAUUAUCAUGAUGCAACAAUCUCUUCACCAUCACCAUGAUAAGGAGGUUCAGAAAGUAUGUUUUGUAUUGGAAGAUAUGUUAGAUAAAAAGUAUGUGUUUUAGCCUUGUUUUUGGAUCACUUUUUCUAUUUAUUUGUUUCAGAUACUCCAUUUGUUCUAGACUUCUAGUAUUGUUGUAUCCACUUCCUCAAUGUUUCUCUCUCAAAAUUCCUACAAGUUGUAAUUUUUAAAAUUAUUUGCAUUGUGUUUUCGUAGA